UGCACGUUCGACUCAAACCUCGAUCGCGACAUGGCGUCUCGGCCUGUUGUCAAAUCUGAGAAUUUGAACGAAGAUGGGCUAAGGAAUAACUCCAAUUCACCUGCUCGCACAGUCAACGACUCGGACUUCCCUCCUUUCUUGAGAUUUGUUCUCCCCCUUUUACGACUUGCACAGGAUCUUACAGCACGGGCCUUUAGCUUCUUUGCCUCACGUCUCGCUCCUGUUGCCAUUUUCAUUUCCCUGAUUCCAGUUCUCCUGUUGCUUUCUUUGAUCGCUGGCCUGUACGUAUGGAAAACCAUCGCUGUAGGUUGGACCGUUCCACUCUACCUUCAGUACGGGUAAGGGGUACAUAUGCCUAUGGUCUUAUUUCAAUCUUCAUCAUUUUUAACUAGCGAUGGCACGUCCCCUUACGCUGAGGUGGUCCUCCCUGGCUUAUCACCAUAUCAAUCUUACGACUUUUCUCUGCAUCUCGCUGUCCCUACCUCGGAAACGAAUUAUGCUCUAGGCAACUUCAUGACGUCACUUACCCUAACCACUCCUUCAAACAGAAGUCUUACAUCCGUUCGCAAACCGGCUAUCAUUCUUCGCCCUACGAAGAGUCACCUCCGUUUCUGGUCGUCAACACCCUUGCUUUUGGAUCUGGAGGUCCCGCUUCUUGACUCCUUUGUACCUGGAACGUCGCAGGUGGUUGCGAGGGUGGAAGUCGGGCGACGGGAUGAGUGGACGAAUCUUGGUCGUGGUGAAGGACGCGAGCUUACUGUCAUUACGACCAACUUGCGCGGGACUGUCAGACGCAAGGGCCUCCGCGGCUUGAUCGCGAGUUACCCUAUUAUGUUCUCGCUGGCAUCUUCUAUGGCAUUCAUGACAGUAUCAACCUUGAUACUCAUCGCAAGCAUGCUUCCGGCGAUGCAAAAGAGGCUAGUGGCAGAUGGCGCCAUCGCCUUACCGGCGGAGACCCAGCAGAAAGAGGAACGUAGCCCCAAGCCAGCUCGUCGCAGAGCACUCUCCAGAGAUCAGGCCCGGAGGCGAUCUCGAAGCGUUGACCCCAAGGCGGAGGAGAGCGUUGAGAUUCCUCCAGCGUCCGGCACGACAAGUACCACGCUUCGACGCCGCCGCUCUGGUCUUUUGUUCACUGAGUCUUGAUGUUGCCAUUACAUGUCAUAUUGUAGUCAGAACUACUAGUCCAUGAAGGGCUGGCCUGUCCCUGCAGCACAUGUGUGUUCUGAUCAUGUCGCCAAGUUGUAUGUAUUUUUAUCGGCAUUGAC